GUUGGAGGGACUGAGAUUGUCCCUCAGUGGAUGCUGAAGGUUACCGCGUGCGUAAAGCGCGCGCUCAGAUGCUGCGCGUUGCUCACACUCCGCUUUGACUCAAACGGAUAUGGGUUGCUCCUGCUAAGUGUAGUUUAACACCUCCACAAAACCAGGAAAAGCAUAUUUACAUCAUGUUCAGGUUCUUUUAAUCGCCAAAAUGAAAUUUCCUCGUGGAAGUAGUCGUGUUUGCCGGUUUACAGAGGUUGUUUCCAGCCGUGGAGCUGUAAUUGAGACAGAAGAGGAAUACAGUUACAGUCGCUCGGAUGGACAAGUGUAUCCGAUGGAGAAAAGUGGAUUUAAAAUCUAAGAAACGGGAUACUUCCGCUCUUUGGAUGAAAGUUGCGGUUUUGAAGAGUCUCGGCUUGGCUUCAACCAUCUGAUGGAAGUCUUAACGGAGUAUGCCUAUAAUGAAAGCUUCUUUGAAAAUGGAUCCCGGGGCUUCAAUGGCACGGAACAAGGGGGGCGGCACCAGUACAAUUAUUACGCCAUGCUUCUCACGCUGCUCAUUUUCGUCAUUGUCUUCGGCAACGUGCUUGUGUGUAUGGCCGUCUCGAGGGAGAAAGCCCUGCAGACCACUACCAACUACCUGAUAGUCAGCCUGGCUGUGGCUGAUCUGCUAGUUGCCACACUUGUAAUGCCAUGGGUGGUUUACCUUGAGGUGGUGGGAGAGUGGCGGUUCAGCACAAUCCAUUGUGACAUCUUUGUCACCCUGGACGUGAUGAUGUGUACAGCGAGCAUACUCAAUCUAUGUGCCAUCAGUAUCGACAGGUACACAGCUGUAGCCAUGCCUAUGUUGUACAACACACGCUACAGCUCCAAGAGGAGGGUCACAGUCAUGAUUUCUGUCGUCUGGAUUCUGUCUUUUGCAAUAUCAUGUCCACUGCUGUUUGGACUCAAUAAUACUGUCACUCAUGACGAUGCUCUGUGUGUGAUCGCAAACCCUGCCUUUGUAGUGUACUCCUCUAUUGUAUCCUUCUACGUUCCCUUCAUCAUAACACUGCUAGUAUACGUGCAGAUCUACGUGGUACUGCGAAAGAGACGGAAACGUGUCAACACCAAACGCACAUGCCCAGUUACGGACAUGGAUAUGAGCUCGACAUUAAAGAAAUGCACCCACCCUGAUGAUGUGAAACUCUGCACUGUGAUCGUCAAGUCCAGUGGGAAUUUUCCUGUGAACAACAAAAACGUGAUCUUCAUAAAGGAGGUGGUAAACAAUGGCGAUGACAUCCAAAUGGAUGAAAUAACAAACUUAAACCCUCAGAGACAGAGGAAGCAGGAUCAGUCUGGUACAAGUCAACAACACAGCAGGCUGGUUAACUCUAAUCUAAGAGAGACUGACAUAUCAUCCCCAUUGCCUGAAGCUGGUGUCAAACCUGAGAGAAAUGGCAACACCAGCAAUAUCACAAAAGGGGCCAAAGCAUUUGAGAUCCAGGUCUCCCCCACCGGCAAAACACAGACAUCGGUCAAGACUCUUAACAAACGCAAAAUCUCCCAGCAGAAGGAGAAGAAGGCUACUCAAAUGUUAGCUAUUGUCCUUGGUGUGUUUAUCAUCUGCUGGCUGCCGUUCUUCAUCACGCACAUUGUGAACACUUACUGCCAAGUCCCUCCUGAACUCUACACUGCCUUUACGUGGCUGGGCUACGUGAACAGUGCCGUAAAUCCCAUCAUAUACACCACUUUCAACAUUGAGUUUCGCAAAGCUUUCAUUAAGAUUUUACACUGUUGAAAGAGAAUUCACUUCACUGGAGCAGAAGGGAUAGAAAUGAUACCUCGUCUGCAGUGGACACACUGUAAAACUUCAAAUAAAGAUUUUAAAUUGGAUCCCAUGUGGACUAUGGCCUGGGGGCUACAUCUCUUGCAUUUCACGGAGAUUAUAACUAAAGGAAUGUAUAUAAAUUGUCUGUAUUGUAAAAAUUAUUUUGUUCCAAGAUCAUAUCGCCCAGAAAAGAAAAGAAAAACACAUAUAAAAUCCCUGGGGGAGAUGGGGCUUAAAGCAGUAUUUUCAGCACAAACAAAAACGCUUGUUUGGAAUUGCUUCAAGCAAUGCCUUUGCUUAUCUGUUUGUCAGUAUUAUUAUUAUUUUGAUUAUUUGCUCAAAACCUAAAUGUAACUAGGUGGAAACAGCGUUUUAAAUCAUAGUAGUACAUACUGUGAUACAAACAGAUGCUUUGUAGUAACCAAUAGGCCAUGCAUUGCAUGGAGGUUGUAAUUAUUUGCUGGAAAGCUUAUUUAUGCCAGUCAUGUCUGCAAUGUUAUGUCCCACAUUUAUAAUGUUUGUUAGAUGUUCUCUCAGAAAACUAACAGCAGGCAGAAAUCUUAAAUAAUACAUUCAGCAAAUCUGUAAUCAACUGUAAUACCAAUAUCAAAGCAUUUGUGCCACGUCUACAGCAAAGUGGAUUUAACAUAAAAAAGCAGAGAAAACAAAUACAAUCUCACUAAAAUGCUGUGAUUUUCAAACCAAAAAAAAUCUUGACCGCCAUUUGUCAGCCUUUCUGGUGGAAGCAUUAACCAUUUCAGCUCUUUGUUUAGGCCUUGAGGAGUAAAAGAUAAUACUGAUGGAGUGAAAGGGGAGGAUAAGAACGAACUGCAUGCAGUCCCUGAGGUUUGGAUUGUGUGAAUGGACGACAGCAUCAGCCAAGCGUGCAAAAACGUGUCAGCAAAAUGAGUGUAAAUUUAAAUUUUGCUUUUUUACUAUUUAUUAUGUUUAUAUAUGUAGCUUUUCAUGCUUUAUAUGACACACUUUGAAUGUGAUGGACCUGCCGUUGCAUUGUAAUGCAUGUUCUCAUAAGAUGUAUGUUGCACAGUGAUAUAAGCUUAUGAAUAAAGUAAUUGUG